AUGUUCAACUCAGAUGACGAAGACUUCGAUUGCCCUUUGUGCAUGGAAGAAUUGGACGUUGCUGAUCGAAACUUCAGACCUUGCCCUUGCGGAUAUCAGGUUUGCCGUUUUUGCUGGCAUCAUAUCAAAGAAAAUUUAAAUGGACGUUGUCCUGCUUGUCGACGAGAAUAUACCGAGCAAUCUGUAGAAUUCCAGCCUGUUAGUUCAGAUGAAAUUGCAAGACUCAAACGAGAAAAGAAAGAGAAAGAGCGAGAGCAAAAAGAGAUGGAGCUUGCGAAUCGCAAACAUUUAGCGAACAUGAGAGUCAUCCAAAAGAACCUGGCUUAUGUAAUCGGAUUGCAUCCCAAGUACGCUACAGAAGAGAUUAUUCGAUCGAAUGACUUCUUUGGUCAAUAUGGAAAGAUUUCGAAGCUGGUAAUCAAUAAGCGACCAGCGUUACCAUCAUCGACUUCUUCCGCAACUCUACCUCCUAGCGUUGGCAUAUAUGUAACAUAUCAGCGUAAAGAAGAGGCCAUGAGAUGUAUUCAAGCUGUAGAUGGGAGUAUGGUUGGCGGUCGCAUUUUGAGGGCUUCACUUGGAACAACUAAAUACUGUACCUACUACCUUCGAAAUAUUCCCUGUCCAAAUCCCGCUUGUAUGUACCUACAUGAGCCUGGCGAUGAUGCUGAUAGUAUAUCAAAGGAAGAGUUGGCUUCAGGGUAUGUCUUUACACUCAACAUUAAUUACAAUGUCGAAUGCUUUCCAUUAUCAUCUUAA